UAUUAUAAAUUAUUUUAUUUAUCUAAAUACUAUAUCAUGCAUAUUUUCACAUUUCUUCUUUAUACCAAAAAGUUGAAACAAGCACAUCUUUUACCUCACAUAUUCACUGAAGCAUCAUUUUCUAGCUUUAGGAUUUAAAUCUUUUUCAAUAUUCAUAGUAUAACUUAUUGUACAUGAUUUUAAUAUCAUGUUAAGAUUUUAUAAACCAAACUAUACCAAGGAAUGCUUUUGCCUGAUCAAAGGCACUGCUGUGAAAAGGAGAGCCAAAUAAAGAGAAAAAAGGAGUCCAAAUGAGAAUUUACAAGAGAUAGAAAUGGUAAAAUAGAUUGAUAAAGAGAAAGGAGAGAAAAAGAGAAAGACGCUAACAGAGAGAGACAGGGAGAGAAAUCAUGUGGCUUGGCAGCCUUAUAUUUUCCCACAAUUAAAGCAUUCCCUGCAUAAGGUGAGCCAAUGCAUUCCAGUUUAUUGCAAUGCUUGAACAGUCCAGUGUCAAAAGGAUUUCUGGACAACUCAUGUUUCUAAACUUCAGCCAGGAGAGGUAUAAUGUCAUUAGAGUCUCAGAAAAAAAAUUAUUCUCUAACAAAUUCCAUUUCAUAAGCCAUAUUGACACUGAUUUUCUAAAUCUUUUAUUUAAGACAUCAUAAUAGAUUUUGGAAUUUUCUUGUUGACUUGAAAUCAGACGAGGAGAAAAUGUGACUGCAGAUGCUGGAGAUCAGAAUCAAGGAGUUUGGUGCAGGAAAAGCGCAGCAGGUCAGGCAGCAUCCAAGGAACUGGAGAGUUGACAUUUUGGAAAACAGCAUCGCAAGUGAAGUGGUGGAGUUGCAGCUGAAAGUUGCAGUUGAAAGGCAAAAAAACUGACAGGUGAUGCUUUCAAGAUUUACUGUGUCGGAGAUGUGCCACUCCCUGCAGGUGAUAUCAUGGGAGUGAGUUUGUCUUGCAUUUGCACCACAAACAUGCAUGGGCCCACAUUCCUGAUGAAGGGCUUACGACCAAAACGCCAACUCUUUUCCUAUGCUGCCUGACCUGCUCUGCUUUUCCAGCACCACAAUUUUUGACUCUGCGAUCAGCCUAAUUUGAUGACAGUUUCCAUGUCUUCUCUCUUCCUUCAAAAUCAUGGAAGCAUAGUUAACAGGAAUAAGAAUGAGCCAUUCAGCCCUUCAUUGGGACAUUGAAAAUAGGAACAUAUCCAUAUUCUUUAGCUUGAAGAGCUAUGGGGUAUAUUUACCUCCUACUUUCAGCUAAUCCUUUUUUUUAAAACCACAACUCAUUGUCCUGUGCAUCUCACAUUCGCAAUUCAACUCAAAUACAAACUUGGGAGGGUCAAUUAAUUAUUCACCAAUUAGAAAGCAGAACAGAAACACGUGCAGAGGCCGAACUUGUCGUUUUUCCGUGACGUCAGGGGUUUGACAUCUAACACGCAUGCUCGUGGCGCAAACGCAAGACAAUCUCUCUCCCAUGAUAUCACCUGCAGGGAGUGGCACGUCUCGAACACAGUAAAUCUGAGAAGAGUCACCCAUCACUUUUUUGCCUUUCAUUUUCAAAUACAGCAGCUUCACUUGCGAUCACGUUUUCCAAAAGAAUCAUGAAAAAUGCUCAUUACGGAGAAACCUGACCGACAAUGUCGAAACCCCAAAUAGACUCGCAUUCGCACAUCCGUUCCUCUUGGCGAAGUGGCGCAUGCUCUGUACGAGUGGUCCAGCUGGAACCCUUACCGUCGUCUCCCAGCAGCCUUUGUGUAAUGCCGCGCAUGCGUGCUGCCGCCUGGGAAAAGCUGUCUUCGACGAGGGAGUGUUAAAAGUUAAUAAGUGUCCAGGUUGAAGGAUUGAUCAAUGUUUCCGGGUCGGGGUUACAACACCGGUUAGUCAGCGAUCCCGGGGCGCAAUUUCUCUCCUUGGUCCAGUUAUUGACGAGUGGUUGCUUGAGGUUCCACGCUAUAACUCUGGCUUGUCACACCCUCUGUGCCAGUAAAAAUCCUGAGCUCUGAUUGAUUUGCCAACAUACAAACAGCACAUGAUCAAUCUCAGAUUGGUUAAGGAAUAAGGGUCAUGCUUUGAUCAUUAAGUGGUGAAUUUGCAUUUAGCACUCUGGGUAUUCUGGUGCCUUAGUCAAUAUGGGAUUUGGAAGUGAUCUUCGGAAUUCCCAUGAAGCCCUGCUAAAACUGCAGGAAUCUGAGCUUAAAGUCUUGGAGACGUUGAGGAAAUUUAUGUCUCUACGAGUUAAGAGUGACAAAGAAUAUGCAUCCUUGCUACAGAAUGUUUGCCAGCAAGUGGAGAAGCAUGAAACAUCUUCCCCUGUGGAUUCUCUUAGUAAUGUUACCAAGUCUUGGGCCAGCAUGGUACAUCAGACAGAACAGUUGAGCAGAAUAAUGAAAACACAUGCUGAAGACCUUAAUGUGGGACCCUUAUACAGAUUGACCAUGAUGAUCAAAGAUAAGCAGCAAGUCAAGAAAAGCUAUCAAAGCAUGCAACAACAACUGGAAGCUGAAGUGUGCAAGGUAACAAAGACUGAACUUGAAAAGCUGAAGGCUGCCUACAGACAACUAGCAAAAGAAGCAUGCAUCGCCAAGGAAAAAUAUAAAGAAGCUCUUUCAAAAGGCAAAGAGACAGAAAAGGCCAAAGACAGAUUUGACAAGGCCACCAUGAAACUUCAUAAUUUGCAUAACCAGUAUGUGUUGGCAGUGAAGGGGGCCCAGCUGCAUCAGGAACAGUAUUAUGAUAAAGCUCUUCCUUUACUGCUAGAUUCUCUGCAGAAGAUGCAGGAGGAAAUGAUUCUUGCAUUAAAGGGAAUUCUAGAAGAAUAUGUAAAAAUAACUAGUCUUGUGACAGAAGACAUAAUAAAUAUCCACAAAGAUGUCCUAAACUCCAUUGAGCAAAUCAACCCCAGUUCAGAGUACAACCACUUCAUUGAAAAUAAUAGAUCACAGCCAAUUAAGGAGGCAAGUAUUGAGUUCGAUGUUUUGUUGCUGGAGGACAUGGAAAACCUUCAAGUCAAUGAGAUUUUAUGGAACAGUUUAACAGCCGAGAGUUUACAGACAAUGCUGAAAGCAACAACUGAAGACUUGGUCCAAACUCAACAAACUAUUACCAGCAAGGAGGAAAUAAUGGUGGAACUGGAGAAAAAAAUUGAAGAAACUGCUAUGACAUAUGAAAAGAAAUCUGAUAUUGUAUUACUGCUGAGUCAAAAGCAGGCUUUGGAGGAGCUGAGGCAGAGUGUGCAACAGAUGAAGUGUUCUGAGGCUAAACUCUCUGCACAGAAGGAUCUGUUGGAUCAAAAGGUUAAAGAGAAUGAUGGGAAGGAGCCACCGCCAGUACUAGCCUAUGAAGAUGAUGCAAGAUCUAUUACAUCAAUGGACAAAGGAAAAGACAAGGUUUCAAAAUUCGACUCCAUUCGACACUCCAUUGCUGGAAUGAUAAGAUCACCAAAAAAUUAUUUGAGUUCAUCUUUCUUUGACGUGAUGCCUACCAGUGAAAAACCAUUAGCAGAACAAGAUUGGUAUCAUGGAGCAAUUCCUCGAAUAGAAGCACAAGAGCUGUUGAAACAGCAAGGUGAUUUCCUGGUUCGAGAAAGCCACGGCAAACCUGGUGAAUACGUACUUUCUGUUUACUCAGAUGGACAGCGGAGACACUUUAUCAUCCAGUAUGCAGAUAAUCAGUAUCGAUUUGAAGGAACUGGAUUUCCAACAAUACCUCAGCUUAUGGAACAUCAUUAUUCUACAAAGCAAGUGAUCACAAAAAAAUCAGGAGUGGUAUUGUUGAAUCCUGUUGUUAAGGACAAAAAAUGGGUCCUCAAUCACGAAGAUGUGACACUUGGAGAAUUGCUUGGGAAAGGGAAUUUUGGUGAAGUUUUCAAGGGAACAUUGAAAGAUAAAACUCCAGUGGCUGUAAAAACGUGCAAAGAAGAUUUGCCACAAGAGCUGAAAAUUAAAUUUUUAUCAGAAGCAAGGAUACUCAAGCAGUACGAUCAUCCAAACAUUGUCAAACUGAUCGGAGUCUGUACCCAAAGGCAGCCCAUUUACAUUGUUAUGGAGCUAAUACCAGGUGGUGAUUUCCUUUCAUUUUUACGGAAGAAGAAAGAUGAAUUAAAGAUGAAGCAACUUGUGAAGAUGUCUUUGGAUGCUGCUGCUGGUAUGGCUUAUCUCGAAGGAAAGAACUGUAUUCACAGAGACCUUGCUGCCAGAAACUGUCUUGUAGGUGACAAUAAUGUUCUUAAAAUCAGUGAUUUUGGAAUGUCAAGACAGGAAGAUGAUGGAAUUUACUCAUCGUCCGGCUUGAAGCAAAUUCCAAUUAAAUGGACAGCUCCUGAGGCUCUAAACUAUGGACGAUACAGUUCAGAGAGUGAUGUGUGGAGCUAUGGGAUACUCUUGUGGGAGACAUUCAGCUUGGGAGUGUGUCCAUAUCCUGGAAUGACUAAUCAACAGGCACGAGAACAGGUUGAAAAAGGUUACAGGAUGUCAUCACCGCAGAAAUGUCCAGAGGAAAUAUAUGCCAUAAUGCUGAGGUGCUGGGAAUAUAAGCCAGAAAAUCGACCAAAUUUCAGUGAUGUGCACAAAGAACUCUUGUGCAUCAAGAAGAAGAUAACGUAGUAACACAAGGAGUAAAUGCUGACUGUAGGAAAUUGAGUAUUCAGUUAUUGCGAAACAUCAGGAGUCACACAAUACCAUUUUUGCUCUGAUAUAUUGUAAUUAAUGUGAUAUAUAUUUGUUAUAUUGCAGCAGCAUUUUUUUGUUGAAACUUUUAAAUAUUUCUUACCUGUUUUGUUCGAGGCCCUUAAGUAUUUGUAAGGUACAUCAAAGAGAAAAGGUUUCUCAAAGCAUUAAAAAACACAUUGCAAAAACACACACCUAACUAAGAAGCAAAGUCCUCUGGUUGUCAUUUUCAUAAAUGUAAAUAGAGCACAUCAGAUUAUGGUAUGUUUACUUGGUGCUAUUGAAAUGCAAUAUAAGAUUUUAUGGCGCUGAUCCCAAAGCUGACUAUUUUAAAUUGCUGUUGUCGGACUCAAAAAUAUCUACUAUAGACGACCAGGAAAUAGGUUCCUGAGACAGUGAUUAUUUCCACGUAUUUUCAAGAACACUCAGCUGGCGAGGUUGGCCAUAUAACACAAUGGAAAUAUCAACAAGACAUUUGUAUAAUUAUUUGUCUUAAUGAUCACUUAUCUGCACAAUUCUUCGGGUUGCUAUUUUGAAGACAUCACAAUUAGGUUUCCAUGAUGUGCUUGAGAUUCCAAAGUACUGUACUGUACAGUGCAAGUACCUAUGCUUUUUUAAAAUGAAAAUACGUUAACACUUUUUUGUUGGUUUACUUCAGUUUUAAGAUCUAUGAUCUUUUUGAAUUCAAAAUGCACCUUGUUGUUUGACUGCUAAAAUAUUUGAACAUUUUGCCAGCAGUAGUAGGCAUUUGACCAAGCUUUAGCAAGAACACAAUUGUUUUGCUGUCCAUAUAUUGAUGCAAAUAAGUUAACCCUUUGAAUAUUAAAGUCUCCUACUUUCAGAUAAUCUGAAAUAAUUAUUUCCUCUAAUUUAUGAUAAAUUGCAAUAGGAUCAGAGAAGUGUGCCAAAUGCUUCUUCAGUUGUUAUUGCUCAGAAAUAACCCUCCAAAUUUGAAGCAUUGAUUUUAAUGAUAUAAUAUAACUGCAAAACUCAAAAGAUCUUACAGAAGCUGAGGAGCUGGAUGUAUUUUAUCAUAAUUUAGAAAGGACCACUUCAUGUCAACAAUAUUUCAGAUUCAAUGAUGGCUUUUGUACCAAUUUUGGUUAAAUUGUAUGUAUCCUUACAUUAUUAAGGGACUGAGGAUUCUGUUGCUUUGGCCUGCACAUGAACUUCCAUAACUAGUGUUUGUUACUGAUGUGCACAGACAUGUCCUGACAGAGUGCAAAAUCAAGUGGAGAGCACUUUGCAGAAUGUGUUUCAUCCUCUGGUUCAUUGCUGAGGCAAAGUUUUCAAUGUGAAAUAAUGCAGCAUCCACUUCUGACGUGAAAGUGAACAUUAGAAAAUAACAAUAGGCCUUGAGAAAGGGCUUAUAUUAAAAAUAUGCUGUUUCAAAGCUUAA